UAACCAAAUAUUUCUAGUUAUAUAUUAUGAUUCUACACAAAUAAUUAUUAAACACUUUAUUAUUGUUGUGUCCUGGGAAAUGUAUGUAAUUGUUGUUGUUUGUUUUGUUUUUUUUGUUUGUUUUGCGUCGUGUCAUUUACCUCCGUGUUAUGACUCAGACGUGAUUUCUUUUUCAAAUGAUUUUAUUGGAACCUAAAAUAGACGUGGAAAAAUAUUCUAGAUUUAUUCUUCCACUCACACUGUCUCUUUAAACAGCAGAGCGGUCUUGUUUUCGUUCUAUUGGUGUGCCGAAAGCCAAUAAGAAGGCUUUACAGUACAAAGAGAUCUACUCCCUCCUCCUUUCUAUUGUGUCAUUACUCUCACGAGAAGAGCUUCAGCCUUGAGCUGGGAACGCGCACAGAUGUCGCCCGUUAUUCGAUCGGUAGAAAAAGAUCAUUUUAUACUACAUAUGCAAUGAGUCACAAACGUGUUUAUUGUGCGAUAACGUAUUGGGAAUGGAAACUUUGAGGAUAAAUAUGCGCAGAAAAUGGUGGAUUGUCGGGCUGCUCUGUGCGUUUGCUGUGUGGAAUAUUACCGAGGCGCAGAUUCGCUACACAAUACCAGAGGAGCAAAACGAGGGCACUGUGGUUGCAAAUAUCGCCAAAGACCUGGAUUUAAAAUUGUCUGAGGUGUUUGAACGGAAAUUGCGGAUUGCUGUCGAGUCUGGUAAGCAGUAUUUCGUCGUGGACGCAACAAAGGGCGAACUGGUUGUGAAUGAGAGAAUUGACAGGGAGAAUUUAUGCGGCCAAAGCACCACCUGUAUUCUUACUCUAGAAGCCAUCGCAGAGAAUCCUUUGCAGCUGUAUCGUUUUGAAAUAGAAAUUCAGGACAUUAAUGACAAUUCUCCGGUUUUUCAAAAUAAGGAAAGCACGUUAAAUAUUGCAGAGUCAACCGUGCCUGGUGCGAGAUUCCGUUUGGAAUCAGCCCAGGAUCCUGAUGUGGGAUCAAAUUCUCUGCGCACUUACACGCUGAGCAAAAACGAUCAUUUUGCGCUAGAUAUAAAAACCGAAAAGGAUGGAGCAAAAGUCCCCGAGUUGGUUUUGGAAACAUCAUUAGACAGAGAGAAGCAACCGAUACUCAGUGUUUUACUAACUGCUUUAGAUGGAGGAAAACCUGCUAGAUCUGGUACUGUACAAAUAUCUGUUCGUGUCUUAGACAUAAAUGACAAUGCUCCGAUUUUUGAUCAAGCUCAGUAUGACGCACAAAUAGCAGAAAACGCAUCACCGGGUGCUGUAGUUGUUUCAGUCAAAGCCGUGGAUCCAGAUGAAGGAGUAAACAGUGAAAUACUCUAUUCAUUUGGACCACACACUUCUGAAAUGAUACACAAUUUAUUCUCCGUCGAUCCCAUUUCUGGUGAUAUUAAGAUAAGAAAUAAUAUCGAUUAUGAAACAGGGAGCUCAUUUAAGUUUGAUGUCGUCGCUAAAGAUAAAGGCACUCCACCGAUGGAAGGUCUUUGUAGCGUCCAUGUCGAAGUUUUGGAUGUGAAUGACAACGCACCAGAAAUCCUUUUGAAAUCUUUGCCUAGCCCUGUGCGCGAAGACGCGUCCGUUGGAACAGUCGUAGCUUUUAUAAGUGCCAGAGAUUUGGAUACAGGUGACAAUGGCAAGGUUAAUUUAAGUUUAUUACCAGGCACGCCAUUUUCUUUAAAAUCUUCGAUGUCGAACCAUUAUACACUAAUCACAGCUCAGAAAUUAAACAGAGAAUUAAACUCUGCAUAUACUGUCAUGAUAGUAGCUGCUGAUUCAGGGUCACCACAGCUCACAUCUAAGCAAGAAAUACUCGUAAAUGUUUUAGAUGUAAACGAUAAUGCACCCGUUUUUACACAGCCAUCAUAUGUUGUCCACGUUAAAGAAAACAGCGCUGCUGGAUCAAUAUUGUGUUCGGUGUCGGCUUCUGAUCCAGAUCAGGGAGAAAAUGCAAAACUUUCUUAUUCUAUUUUGGACUCCAGAUUACUCGACACGCAGCUGUCAUCUUACAUCUAUAUUAACUCAGACAACGGAAGCAUUUUUAGCAUGCACUCAUUUGAUCACGAAAAGAUGAAAGUGUUCCAGAUCCGAGUCCAAGCGAAAGAUCACGGCUCUCCGUCUCUGAGCAGCAACGCUACUGUUCAUGUCUUUAUCGUGGACCAGAACGACAACGCCCCCGCUGUAAUUUACCCCUCCGCACUCAUGGGCUCUGUCUCUCAUCAGAGGAUGCCCCGCUCUGCUAAAGCAGGACACCUCGUUACUAAAGUCACAGCAGUGGAUGCUGACUCGGGCCAUAACGCCUGGAUUUCCUAUCGGUUAGCGGAGGCCACGGACGCGUCUCUGUUCACUGUCACUUUACAUACAGGAGAAGUGAGGACUAAGCGCUCUGUUUCAGAGCAUGACGACUCCUCUCAGAGACUGCUCAUAGAGAUAAAGGACAACGGAGACCCGGAGCAGUCCACCACAGUCACUGUGGAUAUACUGAUAGAGGACGGCUUUCAUGAACCAAUCUCAGACUUUAGACACAAACACACAGAACCCGAUAAGAAAAGCAGCAAAAUCACGUUAUAUCUCAUCAUUUCUCUUGCUUCCGUCUCCUUGUUGUGUUUGCUGACAUUUUUGGUCUUGUUAGUAAAAUGCGCUCGAAGCAGUAGAGGCAGCUCGAGUUGCUGUAUGAGACGGAGUGAUGGUGAAUAUAAAAACCCCAACAGAAACCUGCAGAUCCAGCUCAACACUGACGGACCCAUUAAAUAUGUGGAGGUGCUGGGAGGAGACAUGAUGUCUCAGAGUCAGUCGUUCGGCUCCUAUCUCUCUCCAAUGUCCGAAUUCAGUGAUUUCACCCUCGUUAAGCCCAGCAGUACCACAGACUUUACAAACACUCUAAGCGUGCUCGAUGCGUCACUACCGGACAGCACGUGGACGUUUGAGAGUCAGCAGGUGAGCAAUUAAAUCUAUAAAUGUGGGUAUUUGGUACUGAUUUUAUUUCACGCUUUUUUUAACCAGUGCAGAGCUGUUGUAACGGAGAGUUUUGUCUGAUUUGACGAGAGGUAAUCUUGAUAAAAUUUCGCAUUGUUUUAACUGUAUUACAUAAUCUCGUGUACAGAUGGCGCUUGGUUACAGUCAUACACUCAAAAAAAUGAUAUGUCAACUUUUUU